AAACUGAAGAGGUUAGGGUGAAGUUGAGUUUUUUGCUCAGAGAUUUUUGUUUCACAUAAAUAAAUGGUUUUCUAGAAUAAUAUGCAAUAAAAUAUUAUUUGGCAAGUGCAUGAAGAUUGAAGUGCGUCUUCAUAUUAUUAUAGCAUUAAGAAACAGCAGAGACGUAACUUUUCGGCGUCAUUUUUAGGUUAUGCUUGUUCUAUCAAAAUAUUUUUCAGAAUGAAUAUAUUCAAUAUUAUUUUGAUUGUAUCACUUUAUGUGAAUAAUUUAAAUUUUAUUGAGGCCAAAACCAAGAAAACAAAAUCUGUUACUACCCUACUUGAAGCAAAAUGGGAUGCUACACCUUUAGUUUUGGAAGUUGCAGAAUAUUUAGCAGACGAAAAUGUGGAUUUCUAUUGGAAAUUCAUAGAUUCAAUAAGUUCUAUGACUCCACCCCUAGAGUCUAUAGGUAAUGAUAGACAACGCUACAAUGCUGCUAUUGAAGUUGCAUCAAAACUUGUGACAAUGUCUCAACUAUCAUUAUUGAAGUUAGGUAUAUCUCUGCAUAUAAAUUCUCCAAAAGUUCAAAUGUUUGGCCAGAUAGCUAAAGAGAGAAGACUUCCUUCCUGUCCUGCAGUUGCUGAUGUAGGAGGUGAAUUGACUUGUGAUUUGAGAGAAUUGGAGAUUUUACUCAAAAAAGAUAUUGAUACUUUUUCGAGAGUAGACCUCUACAAAGUGGAUACCCAUUAUCCAGCUUCUGAAAAUCGAUCAUUAACAGUUGUUCUGUACGGUCUACUAGGAACAAAGACAUUUUCACAAUUCCACAUGGUUUUGAAGGAAGCUGCUGUAGCAGGAAGAAUAGAUUAUGUGGUCCGACAUUAUGUACAGGAGCAAGAUACCCGUCAUUUGAGGUUAUCAGGAUAUGGAGUUGAGCUUCAGAUGAAAUCUACAGAAUACAAAUCACAAGAUGAUACUCAGGUACGAGAAGAUCAGACUUCAGAAGAAAGUUCCCCAGAGGAGGAUGAUGCAGAAUUAGAAGGAUUUGAGUUUUCCAAAUUGAAGCAAAUAUUCCCCAAUCUUAAAAACGAACUGAAUGCAUUCAAACUGCAUCUUGAAGAAACCUCCAAUGAACUGGCACCUUUGAAAGUAUGGCAGUUCCAGGAAUUGAGUUUACAGGCAGCUGAGCGAAUUAUGCAUGUUCCCAAAGAAGAGGCAUUGAAAGUCAUGACACAUAUUGCUCAGAAUUUUCCCGUACAAGCAAAAGGUUUAGUCACAACAGUUGUAAAUCCAGAUAUGAAACACGAAAUGAAAAGAAACUCCGACAUUUUUGCCAAUCAUCUCAAUCUCCAGCCAUCAGAUACCGCCCUUUUCAUCAACGGCAUGUUUUAUGAUAUCGAUCUGGUGGAUAUUUAUGGAUUAUUGGAAAUUUUGCGCCAAGAACUCAGAACUAUGGAAGGCUUGCACAGUAUUGGUGUGAGCAACAAACGGAUGUCGACCUUGUUAGGUUUGGACUUUGGAGAUCAAAGUGGAAGUCAAGAAUUUGCUAUAGACAUAAGAGACUCUGCUAUAAAUUGGAUCAAUAAUAUUGAACAUGAUAAUAGGUAUGGUAGGUGGAGUAGUAGUCUAAUGGAGUUGUUGAGGCCCACAUUUCCUGGUAUGUUGAGACAGCUCAGAAGAAAUCUAUACAAUUUGGUUCUCAUCAUCGAUCCAACUAAUCCGGAAGUGAAAGGCAUAGUGAAACUUGCCGAAUCUUUCGUCAUACACACUGCCCCCAUAAGAGUCGGUAUAGUAUUCAAAGUGGCCGAUUCGCAGGACAAAAGCGGGCUGGAUGACCCUGCAAUAGCGAUGCAGUGUGCGCUGAAUUAUGUAACCCAAACAAAAGACGCACCUACUGCCCUAAGUUUCGUCAGAACGAUUCUUCAGAGCGCCAAGGAGCGUGUGACUGUAGAGGAUGUGAAAGCUCAGCUAAGGUCGGAGUAUGAUGAAGAUCCAGUUGAUAUUCUUGGCGAAGAUUCCGUUUAUGAUUUCGGAAGACAACUGGCCUCCGACUUCGUCGACAGAUCAGGCCUCAAAGUAUUCCCGCAGGCCCUCCUUAACGGAAUUCCCCUGCCUCAAAACCAGAUGAACGUCGACGAUUUCGAAGAAGCCGUUUUACAAGAAAUCAUGUCGCAAACUCCGACCUUCCAGAAGAACGUGUACCGAGGCAAAAUAUCCGAUUCGGAUGACGUGUUUGAUUACAUAAUGAACCAGCCGAAUGUGAUGCCACGUCUUAACGAUAGAAUCUUGAACAAGGAGAAGUCUUUCCAUCUGGAUAUGUCGGGUACUGCUUCUAGCAUCAACAAUGUUCAGGGGCUCUUGCAACUGAGUGCUCGCGAUAUGACGGCUACCGCCAUAGACAAUUUGCGGUACUUCUCUGGUGCUAAGAAGGGACACGAGACCCAUACCAUGACUUACUGGAUUGUAGGAGAUUUGAAGUGUGACAAGACUAAGAGGAUACUGUUAGAUGCCCUACAUCAUCUGAAAUCAGAAAGUCAUGUGAGGGUAAGUUUCCUUCCUAAUGUGAAUGGAGACAAAGAGAAUGAAUUGAACAAAAUAGUUCUGGCUGCUCUACAAGAAUUACCAUCGGAAAAGGCAUUGAGCUUCAUCAUAUCAUUAUUACAAUUCAAUUUAGGUGACAGAAAAGACAAGCCAGAUAUUCCUGCAGAGGUCUCGUCAAAAAUAUCUGCACAAGAACUCAAUUUGAAGAUGUUGAGGGUUUAUUGUCAAAGGGUUUUGAAACUGAACGUGGGAGAUAGAGCAGUGAUAGCCAAUGGAAGGGUUCUGGGACCGCUCGAUGAAAAUGAAGAUUUUACAGCAGAAGAUUUUAAUCUACUGGAUAGGUUCAGUUCAUCUUCAUACCUCGAGAAAAUCAAUACCGCUUUGAAAAUAGACUCCGAUGAUGAUGAUGAAGAUUUGUCCAGUGAUUCCAUGAUGAAAAUUAUUUCGCUCCUGAUUUCGAGACCUCAAUCGAGAUCUCGAUUCGAAAUCACAUUUGCUGGAGACGAACAUUCUGUGGUCAAAGUUCCGCCAUCUAAGCCAGAUCAGGUGGCAUUCGACAUUGUAGCUGUCGUCGAUCCAGUUUCACGAGGUGCUCAAAAACUCGGACCGAUUUUAUUGGUGUUACAGGAGGUUUUGAACUGCAACAUCAGAGUGUUCUUGAACAGUGUCGAGAAGAACAGUGAUAUGCCUCUGAAAAGCUUUUAUCGAUUCGUAGUCGAAUCAGAAAUUCAAUUUGGAGAAGAUGGUAAGCAAUUGCCAGGACCGAUUGCAAGGUUUACCAAUAUGCCAACCUCGCCUCUUCUGACUCAAAAUUAUCAUGUCCCCGAAAAUUGGUUGGUCGAAGUAGUGAGAUCAGUAUAUGAUUUGGACAACAUCAGACUGGAAAAUGUUGAAAGCAAUGUACACAGUGAAUAUGAACUGGAAUACCUUCUGGUUGAGGGACAUUGCUUCGAGCAAAACACGGGUAGCCCGCCGAGAGGUUUGCAGAUCACUCUGGGUACCGAGAGCCAACCUGUCAUGGUGGACACCAUCGUCAUGGCCAAUCUGGGAUAUUUCCAACUGAAAGCUAACCCUGGAGCCUGGUUGCUCCGACUUAGGCAAGGAAGAAGUUCCGAAAUCUACGAUAUCGUCAGCCAUGAAGGUAGUGAUACUCCGGAAAACUCGACUGAUAUCAAAGUACUUAUAAGCUCGUUAAGAUCCCAUAUAGUGAAAUUGCGGGUUCAGAAGAAACCUGAUAAGAUGAAUGUGGAUCUACUGUCUGAGGAAGAAAAUGGCUCUGGUAUUUGGAAUUCUAUUGCAAGUUCAUUCACUGGAAAUGAAGAUGAGCCAGAUGAAGUCCUUAACAUAUUUUCAUUAGCGUCUGGACACUUAUACGAACGAUUCCUCCGAAUCAUGAUGUUGUCUGUCCUGAAGCAUACGAAAAUGCCAGUUAAAUUUUGGUUUUUGAAGAAUUAUCUCUCUCCUCAGGUCAAGGACUUUUUGCCUUAUAUGGCUAAAGAAUACGGAUUUGAAUACGAGCUGGUCCAGUAUAAAUGGCCUAGGUGGCUCCAUCAACAAACUGAAAAACAGAGAAUUAUCUGGGGCUACAAAAUUCUCUUCUUGGAUGUACUUUUUCCUCUGGAUGUGAAGAAAAUUAUUUUCGUUGAUGCCGAUCAGGUGGUGAGAGCCGACAUGAAGGAGCUGCAGCAACUCGACCUCGGCGGGGCUCCAUACGGCUACACGCCGUUCUGCGAGUCGCGCAAAGAGAUGGACGGCUUCCGGUUCUGGAAGCACGGCUAUUGGCGCAACCACCUCCAAGGCCGGCGCUACCACAUCUCCGCUCUCUACGUGGUGGACCUGAAGCGGUUCAGGCGGAUAGCGGCCGGCGAUCGGCUGAGAGGCCAGUACCAGGCGCUCAGCCAAGACCCGAACAGCCUGUCGAACCUCGAUCAGGACCUGCCUAACAACAUGAUCCACCAGGUGGCGAUCAAGUCGCUGCCGCAGGAGUGGUGCUGGUGCGAAACGUGGUGUGACGACGCGUCCAAAGUCAGAGCGAAAACAAUCGAUUUGUGUAAUAAUCCGAUGACAAAAGAGGCUAAAUUAACAGCGGCUGUGAGAAUUCUCCCCGAAUGGAAAGGAUAUGAUGAUGAAAUAAGAGAAUUGCAAAGGAAAAUUGAUUCCGGAUUGUUAGAUGCCGAUCCAUCGGAACAAAGUGAUGCUACUGAAAAAGAUACGACUGAUAUUCAUUCGGAAUUAUGAUGUGUGAUUGAGGUUAGUUGUAUAGUUUAAUUUAAAUUAUGGUUGCUGUACAGAUUUUUUAAAUGAUUUUCAAAACAGUGUGAUAGGCACAUAAUGUCAAGUGUCUUGAUUUAAGUAUUGUAAGAAAUAAACAACUCAAAUCAUUUUUUUUUUCAUUAUGUCACUUGGAUACUGAUAUGACGUAUUUUUUGUAUUAUCAGCGAUUAAAUAAACAGUUUUCAAGUUUGCAGGCUUGAAACAGUUCAUCGAUA